AUUGUUAUGUCAGUCUCACACUUUGGAGAAAAUACAGGAUCACCAGUCGGGGAGGUCCAGCUGUGAGCCGCAUCCGCACACAAACACAACGUGGCCUGGUGUCCACUCGCCUGAAGAGCUCAACAACUGAGACCGCGGCCGAAUGGGCCGAAUACUAUCGCAAAUAAUAGUGAUAACAUGUUGCAACUCAGGAUCUGAACAGUUGGAAUGGUCUCCCCCAACACAGAGAUCUCUCCAGACUAUGGCUUCACAACUAAUAGUGUGUCUUUUCCUUUAUGGACAAGCACAUGUAGAUCUUUCUGUUUAAUACUUCCUGUCUUCGUGCUCUUAAACUGCCACAGUGUUCCCCAUCCCUCUGUUCUUCGCUUUGAGAGUAUCCCUAAUCCCGUCUGUGAACAUGGACGACGUGGAGCCUUUGCUGCCCAGUCUCAACUCCACCGAUGUUCCCACCGCUCUUGACAUCAACCGUGAGGAUGAGGAGAGCGAGGACCGGAGUCCCUCUGUUUCCCCCAUUCCCAAACAAUCCUCAGUGCCUCUGGCUAUGCGCUACAGCCCAGAUGACUCCUACUGUUUGGUGUACAUCAUCUUCUUUCUGAUGGGCAUCGGCUCCCUGCUGCCCUGGAACUUCUUCAUCACAGCCAAAAACUACUGGCUCUACAAACUGAGUGACAACACUCAAGGUGGGAAUGAGGGGCAACGGUCAGACCUCGGGGACUACUUUGAAAGCUAUCUGGCCAUUGCCUCCACGGUGCCCUCUGUGCUCUGUCUGAUCCUCAACUAUCUCCUAGUUAACAGGCUAUCUUCCAACGUGCGGAUCCUGUCGUCUCUUCUUGUGAUCCUGCUGGUGUUUGUGCUGACCACGGUGCUGGUGAAGGUGGACGUGUCGGACUGCAGGACAGAGUUCUUCAUCUGCACGCUGGCCAGUGUGGCUGUCGUCAGCGGCGCGUCCAACCUCUUCUCGGGCAGCGUGUUCGGGAUCAGUGGUCAUUUCCCCAUGAGGAUCUCUCAGGCUCUUAUAGCAGGCCAGGGCAUGGGGGGCACGUUGAGUGCAGUCGCGUCAGUCGUGGACCUGGCGGUGGCGAAGGAUGCGACCGACAGCGCUCUGGUCUAUUUCCUGACAGCCGACGUCUUCGUCUUGCUCUGCAUCAUCACAUCUCUGCUCCUGCCGAAGCUGGCGUAUUCAAGACACUGCAUGCAGGCGGCAGCCGGCAUCAGUUCAGGAGUGAUGAGCGAGGGCGGAGCCGCAGACACGGGGAGCAGAGUCUCCAUCCCGCCGCUGAAGCCCAUCCUCAGGAAGACGUGGAUGCUCGGUCUGAGCGUCUUCUACGUCUUCUGCAUCUCCAUCAUGGUGUUCCCUGCCGUAUCGUCUGGGAUCCAGUCCGUCAACAAAGACAGUGGCAGCCCCUGGACAACCACUUAUUUUGUGCCGCUCACCAGUUUCCUCCUGUUCAGUGCCGCCGACUUCUGCGGCAGGCAGGCCACCGCCUGGCUGCAGGUCCCGGGGCCCACCAGUCGAGUCCUGCCUGUCCUGGUGCCGUGUCGCUCCGUCAUGGUGCCACUUCUGAUGUUGUGCAACUACCAGCCAAGGGACCACCUCCACACUGUGCUUUUCGCCCACGACGCGUACCCUGUGGUCUUUAACUGCCUGCUAGGCCUCACCAGUGGCUACCUAGGCACUCUGCCAAUGAUCUAUGGUCCCAAAGUCGUACCUCGAGAGCUGACAGAGGCCACAGGAGUGGUCAUGGCCUUCUUCCUCACUCUGGGACUGGCUGUGGGGUCGGCCUUCUCGGUGCUGAUUGUGCACUACGUCUGACCAGGCUGUUGAGCAUCAACAGGGAUAUAUUAAGUUAUACGGCAGAUAAUUGCUGGACAGCAGAGCCUCAAAGCACGGAUGCAAAGUGCACCAGUAAAGCCAGUGGUCUGCCAUCAAGGGAGCGGACCGAUAAGCCUCUCAACCAUUAAGCCUCAUAGUAAUAUGUAUUUCCACUGAUGUGGCUGAUGCUGGGCACCUCGGGCUGCCAUGACUUAAUUACACAUUCAACUUCAGUAGGCGCUUGUCCAUUUUUACAUUGCAAAACUAAACCAAAGGGAUACAUUUGUGGGGCAUCAGUUAAUCCUAUUUUAGUUCCACUAAUAAAAUAUUCAGAUGGCAAAGCAGCAGCAGUGAGGAUUACAGCGGCCACAUGAUGCACUGGGUUUGUAUGCCUUGUUCAGUCUUUAAACUGAACAUUAGUGAAGUUCAUUAUUUUUAAACAAAUGCAACUAAUGAAAUUAGAAACCUAAUAUUUCAGGUUCCAUCUCAAACAUACACCCGUUCUGCAUUUGCUGUUUUUAAAUCUGAGACUGAGCUCCACAUUUUUUUGUACUUAUGAAAUACAACUGAACCAUGAACUAGACUUUAAAAAUAAUAUCUGAAUUUGACAAGGUUUGUCAUUUUAUAAAAACAAGCCCAAACACCCUCAGAGCCAGUAAGAUUUGAUGACAAGCUUGAUAGGAUGCAGUUAGGGUCAUUUUACAAAAGUGAAGAGAAAAAAAAGAAACCAAGCGGAUUGGGAUCACUUUAAUUGUUAAACAUUUACAGACUGACAGUUGGCUUACGUUUGAGCAUUAGAGAUGCUCUGUUAGAAACAGUGAUUUACAAACUGUGCAAACAAUGGGAGGUACACUCGGUAAUAGACACAUUUUCCCCUCUACAAAAUACAAAUUUGUUUUGGGCUCAGACAUACUGCCGUCAUCCUGAACACAGCAGUUUCUUCCAUUUGCGUUCACUUGCCCUAGGGAGAAAGAUUCAAAUACAGGGGGGGGGGGGGGGGGACACGAAUCAGGACAGCAGCGCUGCUGUAGACUUUAAAUGAUUUUUUACAAUCCAUGUUCUUACAGAACACACCCAGCAAGCAACAUUGUUAAGUACAACCUAAAUGAUGCAACCCGACGGUGGCGCUUUUUCCAAGUGAAGCAGCAACAAGCAGAGCUGCAGAUCACAUCUCUCCUCCCUUGCCACACACCCCCAAAAAACAAGUCGAGUCCCUUUCCGCCAUGACAUUAAAAAUAUCAAAAGUUUAUUAAACAAACUGCAGUCAUUAAAAACAAUAAAGGGGGACGCAG